CCGCGUUAUUUACACACAAACGAAUUGUUUUCCGAAUACUUUCAUAUAUUUCUUUCGUAACAGCAAAAUAAUGAAAAUGUGUUAAAACUAGCGAUCAACUAAAUAGUGUAAUACGCGAGGCAAAGUCGGUGUUUAUUCAGUCCACACCCAAUGCUCGUGAGGCGAGGACCUGCUCGUGAGUCGUCGUGUGUCUACCGUGAUUGCGUUCUGCAUGUUCUCCAUCCAGAAAAGCAAGAAUGGCUGAUGAGGGUGCAGACCUCACCAAUGGGCCGUCAACCUCCAAGGGAAAGAGGCGGGCAGUAAGUGCCCCAAGUCCUCGCAGCCCACAGAUCAAGCGCAAGCGCAUGCCAGCAGAGUACUACCAGUCAGAUGUGGUGGACGCCAUCAGCAAACAAGCUACAAGGACGCCUGUCUCAGACAAGGAGGUGGUCUUUAAUAAGAACACUUUCUUGGCUGUUAGAACAGACAAUGGGAAAUUCUUCGUCUGCAAGACUGCCCAGAAUGUCUACCAAACCACCAAGAUGUUUAAGAUUCUUUGGCUGGAGCUGCGCACGUCGCCGGGGACCUAUGAGAUGUCGUACCGUGACACCAUCGACAUUGAUAGCGUUCUGACCGAUGUGGUCAUGAACAGGCAGGCCGGUGGGCUACUGUCCCUGCCGCGCAGUGAGAUUGCCCGAGUAGAUCAGAUCCUGGGAUUGGCUAUCAAGAAGGAGAAUGGAAUGCUGGACAAUGACAAGGGUCCUCGAUUCCGUGAGAUGAAGGAAGUGAAAGAAGACGACGAUGACGAUGAUGAUUAUGAGGAUGAGGAGGAUGAGGACGAUGAAGACACAGAUGAAGACCAAGAUGACGCAGAUAAACCAUCCACCUCAACCCAAACCAGGACUAAUCCAAAGGUCAAGAAAUCACCCGCAAAAAAGCCCAAAGCCAAGCCUAAAACGAAAUCAGCCAGCCCUAAACCGGCCGGCAAGCAGAAAGGACGAGGCAGGCCCAAGGCCACAGUCACGACCAAAACGGCAACCAAGAAAGUGGCCAAGAAAAUCACUGCAAAGGCGAAGAGCACCAAGGGCAAAACCACUGCCAAAACUGCCAAGUCAGGACGCAAGCCACUGGCCAGCAAGGACAAGAAGGCCACCAAAGCCAAGGCCAAGAAGAAGAAAGUGAAGAAGGAGAAACCCAAAAAAGAGAAAAAGCCUAAAGUGAAGCUGCAUCCCAACGACAAACUGACUCCCAACACCAACAUUGAGGUGAUGGCCAAGGACCCGAUGUUUGAAGUCAAGAACGAGUCUGAGAUUCCCGAGGUGUCCAAGUUUGUCCAGUGCAAGCGCAGCAUCCGCGCCGUGCUGACCAACGACAUGAGCCUCCUCAAGAAACUGGUUGACAACAAAGACAUAGCCUCGGUCCUGGUUCAGCGGAGUGCCAGCGUCCCGCUGAGUGCCCUGCACUACGCUGUCAGGGUAGACAACCAGGCAGCCUUGAAGCUCCUUAUCCCGGAGAUUGACAGCACCAAAGAGAGAGCUCGACUGCCCGAAGUCAUCAUGCAGCACCAACAAACUGGAAGGUACAAUUUCAAGAGUCUUGGACAUGCUGUGAGGGAAAUCAAUGUGGGACGAGGGAGCAGAGAAGGCAACAAUGCCUUCACUAAGGAUUUGUCCAGAAACGUACGCGACCGAACCUACCUGGAAGAAGCACUUUCUUCAGGCGUCUCCGAAAAAACCAUCAACAUGAUCAUGCUUGCAGACUCUCAUGGAAAGUCUCAUGUACAAACGAACAUCGUCAAAGCAAUCACAGCAGGCCAUCGUAAGCUAGCCGGUUGCCUGAUUGAGAAGUUCAACCAGUCUGGGGGGCUCAACUGCAACAAACUCCACGAACAGGUGCUUCUCUUAGAUAAGCCGGAGGACCUGUCACCAUUCAGAGCAGUCUCUGUCAAGAAGAAGCCCUACGAUAAUGACAGGGUCACCCCAUUGCACUGUGCAGCCAUCAACCCUAACCCUAAGAUCCUUGCCAAGCUGCUCUUAGUCUGCCCAGAGUAUGCCAUCACUGACAGCAAAGGACGCAAGCCUAUCCACUACGCUGCAGCUUGUGAGGGGAGCGGACCCCUUGAACUACUCCUGAGUAGAGGGAUGAACCCUGAUGAGACAGACAAUAAAGCUAUGACUCCACUCAUGGUAGCAGCUCUGUAUGGACGCCAACAAAACAUCGAAGUUCUACUCAAGAAGAUCGAGUCUGGCAACACUGAUGAACUGUGUGGGGUGAAGAGGAAGUCGGCCACUGCAGAAUAUGCUAUCCAUUACGCAACCAAAGCUGGACAUGUGGAGUGCGUGAAGAGCUUGAUCAAGCACGGUGCUGACAUCGAGGCCGUGACGUCGGCCUCAACCAAUAGGCUCACCCCGCUCAUGGUUGCUGCCCAGUCUGGCCACUUCCAAGUCGCCAAAGCUCUGAUCGACGUCAAGGCCAUCAUUGCCAAAAAGGAUAAGAUCAAGCGUACCGCCCUGAUGCUCGCCUGCAUGAACGGCCACUAUCCAGUAGCUACUCUACUCCUAAGGAAAGGAGCUGACCCUAAUGACAAGGACUCGUCAGGAAACACUCCCGUUCACUAUGCUGCUGCCUACGGCUGGUGGCAUUGCCUCAAACUACUGCUCAAAGCUGGCGGCGACCCCAACAUCCUCAAUGACUGGAAGACCCCGCCUUUAGGUGUGGCCUUGAUGAAGGGACACACCGGCUGUGCUGAUCUCUUACUGGAACAGCCAGGGGUCAGUCUCAACUUCAGGAAUGACAGUGGAGCUACUCUAGUCAUGCUGACUGCUGCCAGCCCAAUGACCAAGUACAUGGUAGAACAGAUGAAGUACCUGAUUAAGAAGAAAGCUGACCUCACACUGGUGGAUAUUGAUGACAGAAAUGCUCUUCACUACUUGGCUGCCGGUGGGAUGCCUGAUCGAGGUGAUGAAGCAGAGAAAGAAGCUCAGAAGAAUGCUAUACUGGACGUAGCCAAGCUACUGAUGGAGAAAGGCUGUGAUGCCACGGUCAAGGACAAGGAGGGCAAGACACCCAUUAACCUGGCCCUGCAGCAGGAUAAUUUCUGCAUGGAGCUGGUGCAAUUGUUCUUGGACAAAGGUUGUAGCUUAUCCCUGGAUGUGGCAGGGGAUGGCGACAAUGCACUGCACAUCAUGGCCACCCGCUGCACCCACAACGACCUGGGUGUGCUACUCCCAACCAUCGCCAAAACGUUUGACAAACAGCCCGAAGAACCAAUGGAGGAGGACGAUGACUCUGAGGAGCCAGCCAAGAAGAAGAAGGUUAUAUCCUUAGAGGAGGCGGCCAAAACAGUUGAUAAACACGGUCAAACUCCACUACUCAGAUGCAUCAUUGCUAAUUUUCAACCGAAGACUAAAGUGCCAGUCCAUCACAGAGGAUUUGGAUACAGAGCACCUCAGAUGUCAAGAAGAACACCUCAGAUAAAGGAUGGAAAGACCUUGCAGAAUUUCCUCAGCAUGUUCAAAGCUCUUAUUGAAGUUGCCAAAUCAGACGUCAACGCUGUCGUAGUAAGCGGGAAGGGCAAAGACGCACAGCAAUGUGAGGGCGCCAGUCCACUCCACCUGUUGUCGCUGGCCAGCAAUAUUCCGGCCUUGACCAUUCUCCUGAAGGCCAAGCCCAAGCUAGACAUUCUGGAUAAAGGUGGCUUUACACCCCUACAACGAGCCAUACUGCACAAGAGACAAGACAGCUCCAAGCUAUUGAUUGAAGCGGGAGCCAACGUGAACCUGUUCACAGCCAGCAAGCGUGGUGACAAGGCAACCCCACUGAUUUUGGCUGCGAGAGCUGGCCUGCACGACCUCAUUCCAAUCCUGGUGGCCAAAGGAGCAGACGUCUCUGCCAAAGACAGCAAGUAUGAGAUGACAGCCCUGCACUGUACAACCAUAGCAGGCCACGAUGUAAACAAGGCCGUGCAGUCGGCCAGUGUCCUGAUCCAGGCAGGGGCCAGUGUCAACUCGGCCGAUGCCAAGCAGCGUACGCCCCUUCACUACUCCGUCAACUCAGACACUGGCAGCGCUGACACACCCACAGAGAUGACGGAAUUCCUGAUUGAAAAGAAAGCCAACGUCUUCGUCAAGGACAUACGGGGACGCCUGCCCCUCCACUAUGCAUUUGUGAAAAUAGACCGACACCGGGAUAAUACACAGACAGACCCCAUUGAGAUAGUGACCGUGCUCUUAGAUGCCAUGAAGGCACAGCAGGUGGAUACCCAGGACAAGUUUGGACAGACCCCCCUGCAUUGGGCUGCCUACCGGGGGGCCACCAUCUCAGCUAUGCAUCUUGCAGAGAGAAUCAAGGACUAUAACGUCAAAGACAACAACGGCAACACUCCCCUUGGAAUGGCAGCCCUAGGUGGCAAUGACAGUGUUGCUAUCAUGCUGAUCCAGAAGGGAGCCAACAUCAACACUACGGUCACCUACGUUCCUCCCGAACUUGAGGAGCAGAAGAACAACGCCCAGCCCAAGGCUGGAUUCUGGCAGUGGAAGGCGCUAGUCAAGCCUCCUCGGGCACCCAUCAAAGCUUCUUUCUUCCAAGCCGUGGUCUGGGAGGGCUGGCAGGGAGUGGUCUACCUCAUGAUGGAUAGACUCCAGAAGUUUGGCUUGUCAUACAUCAAUAUCAUCCAGGCUAUCCUGGAGGCUCAGAAAUUCCAGUUGGCCAGCACAAUGAUCCGCAAGCAGCGAGAUGCCCCGAAACUGCAACAGACCAAUCGUAGAGCUCGUAGCUUACUGCAUCUGCUAUCAAUGCAUGCCGUCUCAUCCAAUUGGUCAAGCCUCUAUGAACAGAUUGCCAAGUCCCUGUUUGACCGAGGCGUGAAGUUGUUUGCCAGGGAUGACAAGGGUUGUACUCCUCUCCACUACGCAGCUGCCAACCAGAACCUUGCACUCUGUAAGAUAUUUGCAGAAAGAGAUGCCAGUGGGUUCAAGAAUUGCCUGAACUGUCAGGAUCAUAGGGGCCGCACUCCUGCAGCGGCGCUAUUCUGGAAUUUCCGCUUCGACUCUUCAACAGAGGAAGUCAUCAGACUUUUCAUCAAGUCAGGCGCAAGCCUCAACUUCUGCACUGCCUUGCCCAACGUGGAGUCCAGCUCCUUGAACCGCAAGAAGCAGGCAGAGAGCCUAGAAGCCUGGUACCACGGCCCCUUGGACUGGUCUAUUCCACGCACCCCUCUGAUCCUCCACAUGUACAUUGAUAACUUCAAGGCCUGCAAGUUUCUCUUGAAGAAUGGGGCCAGCUGCAACUACGCUGACAAGGACGGGCUCACGCCACUCAUGCACGCAGUCAAACUGAAUGAAAUGGAAAUAGUGAAGCUUCUUCUGGACCAUGACUUUGAUCCUGAGAAGGACAGUAAGAGGGCCAAACCCAAGAAGCAGGAGCCUCUCUCGGUGUGGGCCACCAACAUCUGGGAGCAGAAAAAGUCCCAGCCACAGCAAGAGCAAGAAGAUGCAGGAUUUGAGGAGGAUGACGAUGUUGAGGAGGAUGAGGAGGAGGACGACGACGAUGAUGAAGACGACGAAGUAGACAGUGAAGAUGAAGAUCCUGAGGAAAGAGAGAUGAGGUUAGCCGAAAAGAAAGCAAAAGAAGAUGCUAAGAAAAAAGCUGAGGAGGCUAAGACCAGGAAAUUUGUCAAGACCAGUGACCUGGAUGUGAAUGCCGCGGAUUCGUCGGGUCGCACUGCCAUCCACCACGCCAUGAAGACAUGUAGCUAUGGCACCUGGGAGAACGUGGAGUUACUGCAGCUCCUAGUGCAGCAAGACGCCAAGACCAGACUGCAGGACAAGCAGGGCAAGACACCCUUGGAUUACGCCACGGAAACCAAAUCACAGAAGAUGGCUGGUGCAUUGCAGAGAUUGCAGGGGAUCCAGGAAUCCAAAAUGGUUAUUCCCAAGCCCCUACAACAUACCUGGACAGAUGGCCUCACCUUUACCUCACCCAAACCAGAUUUCAAAGCAGACUCUCAGGCCAUGCUGAAACAACUCGAAGCAGAAAAGAAGAAGGAUGCAGCCCAAGACAAGGAGGAGGACAAGAUCUUAGCAAAAGUUGAUGAUGGCUCAGGCAUCACAGAAGGAGGGGUGGUCCUUAUUGACGAAGAGCAAGAAAUUCCUUAUGAUGCAACUCUGACCAAAGUGGAUGUCAAGUACGGCAAUUAUGGCAUGAACAACUACUAUAUCAUGCAGAUCAUUCACCAGACAGGCAAGGAUAUGAUGCUGCUGUUCACACGAUGGGGUCGUAUCGGUGACGAGGGGCAAUAUCAAAAGACGCCCUUCAACUCAAAAGAAGAAGCUAUCAAGGAAUUCCAGAAGAUUUUUAAAGCCAAGACGGGCAAUGAUUGGUCCAAAGUCGAGGAUUUCCACAAAGUACCCAAGAAGUACCAGCUGGUCAAAACGGACCCCUGGCGAACCAAACGGAAAAAGGCCAUCGACGAGUUCAAGUUCAACCUGGAGUCCUCGGUUCCUUCCAAACUGCCGCAAGCACUGCAAGCUGCCAUCAAAGCGCUGAUCAAACCAGAGCUACUAAGCAAAGCUUUAUCAGAGUCCGGGAUAGAUACCCGAGUCAUCUCCCUUGGCACCUUCCUCUCAAGGGAUAUUUUGCUCAAGGCUCAAGAACUCUUAGGCAAAAUCAGUGAUUUGAUAGAAAAAUCGGAAGAGGAACAAAGUCAGAUAUUCGCUGAUGUUGAAAAGCAUCAGGCUAUCAUGGAAGAGGUUUGUGAUUUGAGCAAUGAGUAUUUUGAGCUGAUUCCCAAUCUGAACUUCGCCCACGAUAAGAUCUCGCCACUGACGGACACGAAUCAGUUGAACACGCAUAUCAGGAACCUGGAUAUCCUUCUGGAUCUCGCCACCACCAACAUGAUCUUGCUGGGUGCCCAGUACAGGGUCAAAGAAAUCAACCCUCUGGACUAUAUCUACCAGUCUCUAGGCUGCCAGAUCCGCCUCAUGAAGGAAGAUGACCAGGAAACACAGCUCCUGCUUCAGUACAUCCACAAAACAAGUGAGAAAGAAGCCAAUGUGGAAGCCAUCUUCCGCCUGUCAAGAGAAGGUGAGGAGGAGCGGCUUCAAUCCAGUGGGGUUGGCAAUCACAAGCUGCUGUGGCACGGCAGCACCCGAUCCAAUGUCAUCAGCAUCAUGAACAAGGGUCUGCUCAUUGCUCCAGAAGAGGCGGAACAUUCUGGUUACAGAUUUGGCAAGGGCAUCUACUCGUCAGAUGCAUUUGCGAAAAGCAUCCAUUACUGUGAGGAGCACUUCGAGAAGACAGACACCAAGUUUAUGUUCUUGUGCGAGGUUGCCCUUGGCAAGAUGAUUACCAAUCCUAAACAAGACGGUCUGAAAGUGUUGAAGCUAGGCUACGAUAGCGUCAUGGGCCGUGGCAACCAUAGGUACAAGUACAACAGAGACCUGCUCAUACCAUCAGGUGCGGUGAUUCCACUGGGCAAGUUUGUACACAACCAGGCAACUUAUUGCUUCUUUGAUUACAAUGAAUACGUGGUGUACAAGACCAGCCAGGUCAGCUUACGUUACCUGGUCCAGUGCAAGGGGAAGGCCAAGCAAGAGGCGGAGCAAGAAGGGGAAGACCCAGAUGACUACUCAGUGGUAGAAUACAAGGAGGAGCAAGGGACAGGGACCAAUGAUGAGGAGAUGGCCGACAACGACGAAGAUGACGAUGGAGACGACUAUGAUGAUGAUGAUGAUGAUGAUGACGAUGAAUAGAAGAGCAAACAGCCAUGCAAGUGACAGUCCCAUAAUGCAUCCCCUGGCAGUGAUUUCGGACCCACAGAGCGGUAUGGUAUUGCUAGAAUCUUCAGGUUGGCUGAUGUAACCUUCCUCUUUAUUUUCGUUUCUGUUUUUUUUUUAACAACAAUUCAUACAAAGUGAUCAUACAUUUUAAUCAAGCAAACUGCACUGCUAGACAGCGGUGGUCAGUAUUUUGAAAUCCUAUAAUCAAUGCAGCAGCUGCAUGGCAUUUGGUAACUGGGUGAUGUUGGCUGCGAUGCCAACACCUUUAACUCUAACCAUGCUCAGUAGAGUACCGAAGCGAAUACAUCACGCCCACAAUGUGUGUGUAAAAGACAUUAGCGCGUGAUUCAGCCCGUGAACCAACACGCGUGUGUACUCCAUUCGUUUGCACUACACUUUCUGGUUCUAAAUUUCGGUACUCUAUUCAACACGAUUCUGCAUAACUCAAGUGAAACCUUGAGGGUUAGGGAGAAAGAUAUUGGCAUUACAGUGGUUGCACUGUACACUUUGUGGUGUAGAGCCUGCUUCAGUAAGGUCCGGAGUAGGCUUUGAAACAUGGAAACUUUAGUUGAAUGUUUGAGCAUUGAUGCCGUCGUAAACCAAGUAUUUUUCCGAAGUGACCACAGGUGACAAUUUCCUUGCUAUAAAGCUUCAAUGUUGUAAAUACCCUUCUCGUACCGACAGCCAAGUGCAUACAGUAGAGCCUGGAUGUGACAUUCUAAUCCAUAACACAUACCAGACAUUUCCUGUAAUAUGGCUUAAGAUACCACAUUUUGUAGUACAGAACAUACAGUCAGUGCGCAGGGUUCGGAAAAGUGCUUGCGUUUAUUUGCAGCGUAUGCAUAACUCGCUUGGUAAAAUGAAUAUUCAUGAGAUCGGGAGACCACAUUUGAAAAUUCAUUUUUUUGAUAACUAGUCUUUAAAAGAAAGUUUUUACUCACAAAUAUAGUAGAGAAUACUUAAGCCUAACUGUGAAAUGAGAUUUCUAAAAUUUUCAUAAAAUAUUUUAAGAAAUAUGAGGAUGAAAGUUUUACUGAAAUUGUCGAGAAAUUUCGGUUUGCGAAAACCAUCUUUUUUCUAUAUAAAACGAAACCGUGCAGAAUCAUUUUACAGUUUGAUGAGAAGCUUUGUUAUUAAAUUCACCAAUUAUCAUAACCAUGAAUCGUGUAAGUACUCAAAACAGUCAGGAGCACGCAAAAUUUACGGCCAUUCUGAACGUUCAGGAUACGAAAACAAAAUCACUCUGGAAGCACGUGUAAGCGCCGCACAGCACGAGUGUACAUUCCUCAUUGGGCAAGACCCGCAACCAACACGCGUUUUGACCAAUCACGUAACAGCACACGGGUCUUCCGUAUGUCGGGUACGCCGUUCUAUGCGUGCUUAUGGAUAUCUUAUAAUCUCGAACUCAAUGUGCCCGACUAUAGAAUAUAAACUGGCGAUGUGUCCUCUCUCAAAGUUUCAACGCAAGAAAGUAAUAUACUUUCAAUGCUAUUCCUAUUUCUAGACCGUUAUGAUUUAAGAUUCAUGUAAUAAACUAUUAUUUUUUGGCAAUAAUGUCUCCCAUUUUCUAGAUGCUUUUUGUUUGUUGACAGUUUCAAUGUGCAUGAACAUGAAAAAUAUAAACACAAAAAACAAUGGGUAUGACUAUAUGAACAUGAAAAUAUAAACACAAAUAAUCAAAGGCAUGUCUCUUUUCAUGACUGAAAUUCUGGAAAACGAUUUAAUCAUAAAAUCAGAGUGCAAAGUUACAUACUUUUGAGCUGGAUUUAAUAAUUACAUCAGUGAGUUAACAUAUUACUAAAACCCUGGAAACUUGAACCACUUACACUUACAAACAUUGCUUACAAUAGAAAGUUUCUGAAAACAUAGAAUGACUUAAUUAUAAAUAUAAAGCAACUUUAAAAAAAUGAACUUAAAAAUACAUGCAAGCCAAACUUUCUUCAAAGUGCGAGGUUACUAAUGCUCGCUCUAGGAUGUACAUGUGUACACUUUCUUGCUAUAUUUCAUGAGAUUAUAAAAUAAAUUCCCUACCCAAGCUUGCCCACAAGCAACUCAUUCUAAGACAAUAACAAGGCCAUUGAACUGCUCCAUUCCUCGGCAAUAAUUGUUAAAUAUGCAAACAAUUACACAAAUCUUUACAAUCUUUACAAGCUUUGUUUAGAGUGCAGUGUAAAGCUGUUUGCAGACAUUUUCAUCAUAUUUUUGUUUUUUAAAUAUACAGCACACUCACAAAAUGACUUACUUGAAAAAAAAGAAAAGUGGAAAUUCAGCAAUGAUUGAAUUGAUUCUUCAGGGUUCUUUUUAUACAUGAUCUGAAUACAACAUGCCAUGAAAAUCCUCGAUGCCUGAUUUGUGGGUUGUUGACAACACGUCUUUGAAUUUAGGCAUGCAAAAAAUAAGGAUUUCGGUCUAGUGAUGUGUCCGGUCAGAUUGACCAGGCCAAACCAUCCCGAAACAUUAUUUUGUAAACCGGAAUCCGAACGGAAACCAAUUUGAACUCCCUAAAACCAACCUGAUCUGACCCGACAAACAUUUAAGGAAAACCAACGGAAAAAAUGUUGCAACCUGACGCCACUUCCAUGAUUGUGUACAAAGUCUAUGUAGAGUCUAGACAAUUUUAAAUAUUUUCUAACAACAUUGGAAAUUUAUGAAAAAAAGUGGCCUCAGGUUGCAACAUUUCUUCCUGUUUGGGUUUAUUUCGGGUUAAACUGACUCAACACAAUUAGAAGACUUAAAACGCAAUACCGAAACCAACCUGGCCCGACUAAACUGAUGGACAAACUUAUGGCGACCUAACAGAAAGUCAGUUUAAGCAAGUUUGGUCGGUUUCUGGUCGGGUUUGAACAACACUUAUCCGGUCGCAGCAUUAAGUUUCAUUUCAUGGUAAAUAAAGUUCCAUUGAAAUAGUUGCGAACUGUCUGCAAGUUCAGGUGUUGUGUUCAACUAGUCUUGAUAGGGAAAAGGGUCAAUCACUCUGCGUACUUGGCCUGUAAGAAAAUAGAAAGAGAGAAAACAAAUCUAAGUAAUAAUCUACAUGUAUUUUUUUGCUGAUUUAUUUAGGAAGGAAUUGUUUCGCGACUACUUCAAAAAAUCCCAUCCCCACCGCAAGAUCUGAAAACAGUACCAGAAAAGAAUUGUUCUUCAUAUUUUAUGACUGACAUGAAUUGACCGACAAGGACAAUCUUGAGUGAUGCCUGUUUAAUUUCAUGAAUUCAAAAAAACAAAUCUGAUUUUUAAUCGUAUAGUAUAAACAUUGUUCGUACUUUCGACAUGCAAAACUAACGGGUAGGAACCUAUUGUCGACAUCGGUGGUAAUGCACCCACAAAACACGCACACAGUACACACAACCCGUACACAAAAUACACGUAUGACGUCAUUCGAAUCGCACAUUGCGACUGCAAUCAUGCAAUUUUCGCAAAUAUUUCGUAUCAAAUUAAAAAUCGGCGGUAGAACCUGCAGAGAUGGGAAUGGUAUGGUUCGAAAGCGUAACUCUUCAACUUACCAGAAAGUGACGAAUUAUGUCCCCAAAUAUCCCAAAACAGUCAGGAGCACCAAAAAAGUACAGGCAUCGUCGAAAAUGUUCAAGAAUCACCUCUCAUUUCACAUCGCUUAUUUAUAACUUUAAGCCUGUAAUAAUCAGCCAAAAAUGGUUUCAAUCGACGCAGAAAUUAUCGUAGUUUCAGAAUCCACUCCAUUUUAGUCAGCUUCUGCUACAAAACGGGUUUCCUGUCCCUUUAUCCAGGGGUACCACCGAACACUCGCAAAACCUCGUGUAGUCUCGAACGGUCCGAGACCGUCCACGCGCUGCAAAUAAAAUCUCGCUGUGUGGCUCAUUAUCGAGUAGGCUGCGCACUGACUGCAUAUGUGCAGAUAACUGCCAUUUAGUGAGCUACACUGUAUGGAGUAGGCCCUAUUGUACAACACCUGAAUAAAUCCCCGUCAUCUGAGUGGUGGGUCAUGGAGCACAUGUCUUGAACUACUGGUACCACUGCAUGGCGCGGCCGCACCGUAAAGAAAAAAGUGCCAUUCCAGGGUAAAUAGAACUGCCAUCGCACGGUAACAUUUUUGGUUGCGCUUUCAGACAGCUCUGAUGCUGUACAUUCAAAGUACCAGUUUACAAAUUACCAAUCAGAUGACGAGGCUUUAUUUUAGCAUUGUUCAACAUUUGUGCAAUGGAAAGAAUAAUUAUUCUUACCAUUGCACUCAUAAACAUUCAUUAUUUGAAUACUAUCUUAUGCCAGACCAAAUGCUUU